AUGAGUACAAUUAGAAAAUAUUUCGAUGAUGUCUCAAAGUGGGAAAGAUAAUAAAUAUUUUUUGCUAUUCGUUCUUCUAUUCCUAUUCUUUCUAAAUCUCUCUCUGAGCUGCUAAAAUAUCUUUUAGAAACUUAGGUAAUCUGUAAGCCACUAGCAAGCUUCCUCUAUUUAGGUCUUUUAGAUUAUUACAAAAUGUUUAAAAUGCAAUAAAUAAACAAAUCAAACUAUUUCUAUGUAUGUAUGUUCGUUUUUUUUCAGUGCUUAUUCUUUAUGAUAAACUAAAUUAAAUUACUUAAGUAAGCAAAACCUUUCUCAAAUAAAUAAAGUAAAAUACAUUUUAAUAGGAAAAAAAAGACUAUUAUUAAUAAGGCUUAGUAAUUUUUUUCUUGA